AAAUAUUCGAGAAGAGAGAGGACCCGCGCGAAAAUAGCGGAGUGGCAUCUUCAAGUUCGUUAUCGUCUCAUCCAAACGACCGGCUGUCUUUUCCCCGGCGACUGAACUUCCACUGAGAACUUCAGAGAGCUUAGCCAUGGCGAUCAUGGCGUUUCUCUCUUCUCCACCGCACAUUCCCUCUCUGGUUCGACCAUUUCACAGCAACUUUCUCUUCUCUCCUAUUUCCUCUUCCUUCAGUGCUCUACGGCGUUCUACUCGAUCCAGUUUAUUUGGCGCUCAAACUUUAGCGACUUCGGGAUUUUGCUUUAGGAUACACUGCAGUGACAAAGAACGAGCUGCACCGGUUACUCGGAGCUCCGAUCCUAAGGCUGGAGUUCCGAUUUAUAAGCCCAAAACCUACGAGGUGCUAGUCUCCGAUGCUGCGAAUUCUCUUGCUUAUGCUCUGGAGGAUGGAAAGAUGCGCUUGGAGAUUGAUUUCCCACCCCUGCCUAGCAACAUUUCCUCGUAUAAGGGAUCUUCAGAUGAGUUCAUUGAUGCAAAUAUUCAACUUGCCCUGGCUGUUGCAAGGAAUCUUCAAGAAAAGAGAGGAACUAGAUCUUGCAUUGUAUUUCCAGAUAAGCCAGACAAAGGCAGAGCUUCACAGUUGUUCAAAACAGCUCUCGACUCGAUUGAUGGAAUAACCAUAAGUUCCCUAGAUGAUAUUCCUGCUGGACCUGUCACAUCUUUUUUCAGAUCUAUUAGAAACACCCUUGAUUUUGAUUUUGAAGACGAGAAUGCAGGUCGUUGGACUUCUAGUGAACCUCCAUCUCUGUACAUAUUUAUUAAUUGCAGCACGCGUGAACUUGCAAUGAUAGAGAAGUAUGUGGAAACUUUUGCUUCGUCAAUCCCCACCCUGAUGUUUAAUCUAGAACUUGAAACCUUGCGUGCAGACUUGGGCUUACUGGGAUUCCCCCCCAAAGAUUUGCAUUAUCGAUUUCUCUCUCAGUUUAUCCCGGUGUUUUACAUUAGAAUCAGGGAGUAUUCUAAGACAGUACCAAUAGCACCUUAUAUUGUUAAUUACAGUGGAGCAUUGUUUCGUCAAUACCCUGGACCUUGGCAAGUGAUGUUAAAACAAACAGAUAAUUCUUAUGCUUGCGUCGCAGAGAGUGAGACGAGGUUCACCCUUGGUGAAACCAAAGAUGAACUACUAAGGGUCCUUGGACUACAGGAAGAACAAGGAAGCUCAUUAGAAUUUCUUCGCAGGGGCUACAAGGCUGCCACUUGGUGGGAAGAAGAUAAUGACUCUGAAGUAUCUUCGGCAUGGCGUAGUUGAGCAGCUCGAGCGUCGAUUAUUCCUCAGAGACAAUAUUGAUGAUCUCGAACAUGGAGAUGUUAGGAUGACCCUAUUUCUAAAAGACUCUCAUGGCUUUAGAAGACUCCCACAAACUUGAAUCAAGCUCAUUCACCUCUAAAAUUCAAGGUAAAGUAAUCUUGUACAUUUUAUUAAUCAUGAUGAAUUAAAUUAGACCU